UUGUUUCUACAGUGAAUGAGGAUUGUGUCCACCUUGUAAACAUUUGCUGAAAUGAAGGAAAGUAAAUAUCGUGUUCUGGAUGACGAGGGCAGUAACCUGAGACAACAGAAGCUUGACAGACAGCGCGCUUUACUGGAACAGAAGCAAAAGAAGAAGCGGCAGGAGCCCCUGAUGGUCCAGUCAAAUGUUGACAGCCGAUCACGGACUCGGCGAAUGAAGCAAUCAGAAGAGCAGGCCCCUCUGGUUGAAUCUUACCUUAACAGUAACAGCAGUACCAUUUACCAUGUUAGCAAUGUGGAAACUCUCUCUUCAGCCCUUCUAACUUCAACCUAUGUGCAAGCUCCAAAGCCUACUAAAAAAUCAAAGUCCUCAGCUGCAGGUUCACAAGCUGCCAGCCUCAAGAAGGAGAAAAAGGCGAAACCGAAAGGGAUUGAUGGUCCUGCUGCCUUUCAGGAUGAAGCGCAGGAGGUGGGAAGUCAAAUUCAGAUUCUCACUGUUGGACAGUCCAGCAAUGAUGAUGAAGCCGAUACAGACACUGCAGCCAGUGCACAACAAACAACAAAGCAGGAUCUUCAAGUAACGAUGCAGAAAAAAGGUAUUUCUAGCAGCAUGAACUUUGAUGAGGAAGAAGAUGAAGAAGAUGAAGACAGCUCUAGCUCUUCUCAGUUGAACAGCAAUACCAGGCCUGGAUCUGCCUCCAGUAAAAAAUCUAAUAAAGAAGCUGCCUCAGUCUCGACCCCUCCAGGAACUGAUGCUCUAAUAAAUGUGGAUGACCUUGAAGAGUUUGCUGUGAGACCAGCUCCACAAGGAGUCACCAUUAAAUGCCGAAUAACUAGAGAUAAGAAGGGAAUGGACCGUGGAAUGUAUCCUACCUACUACCUCCAUCUAGAAAGGGAUGAUGGAAAAAAGAUAUUCUUACUGGCAGGAAGAAAACGAAAGAAGAGCAAAACAUCAAAUUACCUCAUCUCUAUAGACCCUACUGACCUUUCACGUGGUGGAGAGAGCUUUAUUGGCAAACUCAGAUCAAAUCUAAUGGGCACCAAGUUUACAGUCUAUGAUAAUGGAGUGAAUCCAGAAAAAGGAAGUUCAAGCCUAGAUGCAAGUAACUUGCGGCAAGAGUUGGCAGCUGUUUGCUACGAAACAAAUGUUCUGGGUUUCAAGGGACCUCGGAAGAUGAGUGUAAUCAUUCCUGGCAUGAACAUGGAUCAUGAAAGAGUGUCUAUCAGGCCUCGCAAUGAACAUGAAACUUUGCUGGCAGGAUGGCAGAACAAAAAUACGGAGAGUAUAAUUGAGCUUCACAACAAAACUCCAGUAUGGAAUGAUGAUACUCAAUCCUAUGUCCUUAAUUUCCAUGGUCGGGUUACACAGGCUUCUGUGAAGAAUUUUCAAAUUAUUCAUGACAAUGACCCGGAUUAUAUAGUGAUGCAGUUUGGUCGGGUGGCUGAAGACGUCUUUACCAUGGACUACAACUACCCAAUGUGCGCAUUGCAAGCAUUUGCGAUUGCUCUGUCAAGCUUCGAUAGUAAACUAGCUUGUGAAUAA